CCGCCGCCGCCGCCCGCAGGUGCCCGCUCGCUGAUACCGGCUGCCGCCGCCGCCGCCACCGGGCCGAGGAACACCUAGGAACACAGAGGAGGUGGAAGAGGGAGACUGUCCCCCCCACCCACGGAGGGAGCAUGACUUCGGCCACUUCACCUAUCAUUUUAAAAUGGGACCCCAAAAGUUUGGAAAUAAGAACACUGACAGUGGAGAGAUUGCUGGAACCUCUUGUUACACAGGUGACAACCCUGGUCAAUACAAGCAACAAGGGGCCAUCAGGGAAAAAGAAAGGACGAUCUAAGAAAGCUCACGUGUUAGCAGCAUCUGUGGAGCAGGCUACCCAGAAUUUCUUGGAAAAAGGUGAACAGAUUGCUAAAGAAAGUCAAGAUCUCAAGGAAGAACUGGUCACUGCUGUAGAGGAUGUGCGCAAACAAGGUGAAACCAUGAGAAUUGCCUCUUCAGAAUUUGCUGAUGAUCCCUGCUCAUCGGUGAAGCGUGGCACCAUGGUGCGAGCUGCCCGAGCUUUGCUCUCAGCCGUUACUCGUUUGCUCAUUUUAGCUGACAUGGCCGAUGUCAUGCGACUUUUAUCUCACUUGAAAAUCGUUGAAGAAGCUCUGGAAGCUGUGAAAAAUGCUACAAAUGAGCAAGACCUUGCAAAUCGCUUUAAGGAGUUUGGAAAAGAGAUGGUGAAAUUGAACUAUGUAGCUGCCAGAAGACAGCAGGAACUGAAGGACCCUCACUGUAGGGAUGAGAUGGCAGCUGCCCGAGGGGCUCUGAAGAAGAAUGCCACUAUGCUGUACACAGCUUCCCAAGCAUUUCUCCGUCAUCCAGAUGUGGCUGCCACAAGGGCCAACCGGGACUACGUGUUCAAACAAGUGCAGGAAGCGAUCGCUGGCAUUUCAAAUGCAGCGCAGGCUACUUCACCCACCGACGAAAACAAAGGGCACACUGGCAUUGGAGAGCUGGCAGCUGCCCUCAAUGAGUUUGACAACAAGAUCAUUUUAGACCCUAUGACAUUCAGCGAGGCUCGCUUCAGACCAUCUCUAGAAGAAAGGCUGGAGAGCAUUAUCAGUGGUGCAGCGCUGAUGGCAGAUUCUUCUUGUACUCGUGACGACCGUCGGGAGAGAAUCGUAGCCGAGUGUAAUGCAGUCCGACAGGCCCUCCAAGAUCUGCUCAGUGAAUACAUGAAUAAUACUGGAAGGAAAGAAAAAGGAGAUCCUCUAAACAUUGCUAUUGAUAAGAUGACCAAGAAAACGAGAGAUCUAAGGAGACAGCUUCGAAAGGCAGUGAUGGAUCAUAUAUCAGACUCAUUCCUGGAAACCAAUGUCCCGCUGCUGGUACUGAUUGAGGCUGCCAAGAGUGGGAAUGAGAAAGAAGUCAAGGAGUAUGCUCAAGUUUUCCGUGAACAUGCCAAUAAGCUGGUGGAGGUUGCCAACUUGGCCUGUUCCAUUUCCAAUAAUGAGGAAGGGGUGAAGUUAGUCCGGAUGGCAGCAACCCAGAUUGAUAGUCUAUGUCCCCAGGUCAUCAAUGCUGCCCUUACACUAGCCGCCAGACCUCAGAGCAAAGUCGCUCAAGAUAAUAUGGAUGUCUUCAAAGAUCAGUGGGAGAAGCAAGUUCGUGUCCUGACAGAGGCUGUGGAUGAUAUCACAUCAGUGGAUGACUUCCUGUCUGUCUCAGAAAAUCACAUUCUGGAGGAUGUGAAUAAAUGUGUGAUUGCACUCCAAGAAGGAGAUGUAGAUACUUUGGACCGGACAGCAGGUGCCAUCCGUGGCCGGGCAGCCCGAGUCAUCCACAUAAUCAAUGCGGAGAUGGAGAACUAUGAAGCUGGAGUUUAUACUGAAAAGGUGCUGGAAGCUACAAAAUUGUUGUCUGAGACAGUUAUGCCACGUUUUGCGGAACAAGUGGAGGUGGCCAUCGAAGCUUUGAGUGCCAAUGUUCCUCAGCCUUUUGAAGAGAAUGAGUUCAUUGAUGCCUCCCGCCUGGUGUAUGAUGGAGUCCGAGACAUCAGGAAAGCUGUUCUCAUGAUUCGGACUCCUGAAGAAUUAGAAGAUGAUUCAGACUUUGAGCAAGAAGACUAUGACGUUCGUAGCCGGACCAGUGUGCAGACUGAGGACGACCAGCUCAUUGCUGGACAGAGUGCACGGGCCAUCAUGGCUCAACUACCCCAAGAGGAAAAGGCAAAAAUAGCCGAGCAGGUGGAAAUCUUCCAUCAGGAGAAGAGCAAGCUGGAUGCCGAGGUGGCUAAAUGGGAUGACAGUGGCAAUGACAUCAUUGUCCUGGCCAAGCAGAUGUGUAUGAUCAUGAUGGAAAUGACAGACUUUACAAGAGGGAAGGGCCCCUUGAAAAACACUUCUGAUGUCAUUAAUGCUGCCAAGAAAAUUGCUGAAGCUGGUUCACGAAUGGACAAAUUAGCCCGAGCUGUGGCUGACCAGUGUCCUGAUUCUGCGUGCAAACAGGAUUUAUUAGCCUACCUUCAACGGAUUGCUUUGUAUUGCCACCAGCUUAAUAUCUGCAGCAAGGUCAAGGCAGAAGUACAGAACUUGGGCGGAGAGCUUAUUGUAUCAGGGACAGGAGUUCAGAACAAUUUCACUACCUUUUAUGAGGUAGAUUGUGAUGUCAUAGAUGGGGGCAGGGCUAGUCAACUUUCUACCCACCUACCAACCUGUGCUGAGGGAGCUCUGCUCGGGAGUGGAAGCAGUGAUUCUUCCAUGCUGGAUAGUGCCACAUCACUCAUCCAGGCAGCCAAGAACUUGAUGAAUGCUGUGGUUCUCACCGUGAAAGCCUCUUAUGUGGCCUCUACCAAAUACCAGAAGGUCUAUGGGACAGCCGCUGUGACCCCUGUGGUGUCAUGGAAGAUGAAAGCUCCUGAGAAAAAGCCCCUAGUGAAGCGAGAAAAACCAGAAGAAUUCCAGACGAGAGUUAGACGAGGCUCUCAGAAGAAACACAUUUCUCCUGUACAGGCAUUAAGUGAAUUUAAAGCAAUGGAUUCCUUUUAGGACACUAGGCUUUACUAGGGAAAAAAAGGGUUUUCUUUUUUUGUUUUUAAUCCUUUUUUGUAUAUGUACCUGCUGACUUAUGUGCCUCUGGCAUGGGGAAAAGCUAAUGAACCAGUUUCAGUUUGCAUGUGACAUGAGAUCGGAUCAGACAGAAUCAACCCAUUGGCAGCUUGAGUGGGCAAGGGGAUCUUGUCCAAAGCUGACAGGAAGCUACUCUUGAAAUGCCUACAUAGAAUUGGCCAACGAAUUUACAUCUUGCAGUGUAAGGGAAGGGGAGGGAGGGGGAAGACAAAUUUUGAUCUAUCAAAGCAAAACUUUAUGCAUGCAAGAAACAUUAGUUGGCAGGUAUAUUGCUAAGUGAAAAGGCUGGGGUUGGGGGUGGUGGGGGUGAUGGUAGCAAAUUAAACUUGUAUUGCUUCUGUUUCAGUGCAAAAACAAUGUACUAGCCGAUAUGCUUACAUGUGUGGCCCAUGGAUCAAAUGAUUAAACUUUGAGGUCAUAUCUUCAUUAUAGUAUGUGAAUUUUUAACAUAGGGGAAACCUAAAUAAUCCAGCUUCAAGUGCUUCUUUUAAUCCAUAUUUUGUUCUUUAUCUUCUAGUCCUGCUAUGACUCUUGUUCAUGUGAUCAAUUAUUCCCAUUCACCGACAAAAAAUGAAACUGACUUUCGCCAAUUGAAAUCCUGAUAGCAGCAUUUGAAGCACAAUAUAGUGGCUGGCCUUUGCCAUUUUGGUUAUGAUUUUAUUUUUUGCUAGAAAUAGAAGGCCCAAUGGUGGAAUGUUUAGAAUUAUGGAAAUCUGAAAAUGUGUGACAGUCUAGAGGCAAAUAUAUAGAUGUAGCUUGGAGUGCUGGUAUCUAUUAUACCAUUGUAUCCACUAACUCUAAAUAAACUCAUUUAACCUUGA